AUGCUGAUGCCCCUGAGUGGGCUGCCCUGGUGGUGGUGGUGGUACGGCUGUGCCUGGUACCGCUGUGGAUUGUGCUCCCCAGCUCCCCAGAUGCUGCGCCACCAGGGUCUCCUCAAGUGCCGCUGCCGCAUGCUCUUCAAUGACCUGAAGGUUCUCCUCCUGCGGCGGCCCCCUCCAGCGCCCCUGCCCAUGCACGGCGAACCCCAGCCCCCCGGCGUGGCAGCCAACAACACCCUUCCGGCUCUGGGUGCCGGGGGGUGGGCAGGCUGGAGGGGGCCUCGAGAAGGCGUGGGCAGGGAGACCCCUCCCCUGCCACCUCUGCCGCCUUUGCCACCUUCAGUGGAAGAUGACUGGGGUGGCCCAGCCACAGAGCCACCUGCCUCGCUGCUCAGCAGUGCCUCUUCAGAUGACUUCUGUAAGGGAAAGGCUGAGGAUCGCUACUCACUGGGCAGCAGCCUGGACAGUGGCAUGAGAACCCCGCUCUGCCGCAUCUGCUUCCAGGGGCCGGAACAGGGGGAGCUGCUGAGCCCGUGCCGCUGCGACGGCUCGGUCAAGUGCACGCACCAGCCUUGCCUCAUCAAGUGGAUCAGCGAGCGGGGCUGCUGGAGCUGCGAGCUGUGCUACUACAAGUACCACGUCAUCGCCAUCAGCACAAAGAACCCUCUGCAGUGGCAGGCCAUCUCUCUGACAGUCAUUGAGAAGGUUCAGAUUGCGGCCGCCAUCCUGGGUUCCCUCUUCCUCAUCGCCAGUAUCUCUUGGCUCAUCUGGUCGACCUUCAGCCCCUCAGCAAAAUGGCAGCGCCAAGACCUCCUCUUCCAGAUCUGCUACGGGAUGUAUGGAUUCAUGGAUGUGGUGUGCAUAGGCCUCAUCAUUCAUGAGGGACCCUCCGUGUACCGCAUCUUUAAACGGUGGCAGGCUGUCAACCAGCAGUGGAAAGUGCUGAACUAUGACAAGACGAAAGACCUGGAGGAUCAAAAGGCAGGAGGCAGGACCAACCCCCGGACCUCCUCGUCCACCCAGGCCAAUGCGCCCCCCUCCGAAGAGGAGGCUGCGGGCACCCCUGCCCCUGAGGAAGGCCCUGCCCGGGCGGCCGGCCACCCCUCAGGCCCUCUGUCCGAUCACCACUGUGCUUACACCAUCCUGCACAUCUUGAGUCACUUAAGACCUCAUGAACAGCGGAGCCCCCAGGGCGGCAGCCGAGAGCUGGUCAUGAGGGUCACAACGGUGUGA